AUGGGCCAGACGUGCGGUGGUCCCUCGCUGGAGGGCACCUCCGAGGAGAUCAGCGCGCAGGUGGACGCGCUGGAGGCCAAGAUUUCAAAGGCCGAGAGGGACCUGCGGCAGUACGUGGUCCUCGGGGCCACCGACCCGGCGGCCAAGCAGAGAGCCCUGCAGCUCAUGAGGCGAAAGAAGGUGUUCGAGGAGCAGCGUCAGCAGCUGAUCGGCGCCCAGUUCAACGUCGAUAACCUUGCUGAUCAGGAGGAGCAAGCCAAGUUCACCCUGAAGGCGGUAAAAGCCAUGCAGGCUGGCCGUGACAAGCUGAAGAAGAACUCGGAGAGGAUGAGCUCGAACCAGGUCGACAGGAUUCUGGACGACGCCACGGAGCUCGCCGACGAGAUGCGGAAUAUCAACGAGGCGCUGGCCCAGGGCUCCGGGCUUCUGGAGCUGGAGUCGGAGUUCGCGCAGCUGCAGCGGGAGAUGAUGGCAGACGCGGGCGCCCAGGCCGCCCAGGGUGCGCCGAUGGCCGCGCGGAGCGCCUCGGGGCACCGCGAGCAGCUGGCCGCCGGCGCGUACGGGGCCGCGCCGCCCGUUGGCGCGUACGGGGCCGCGCCACCCGCCGCCGCGGCGCGGAGGGAGCACAAGCCGUGGGAGGUCCCGGCUCCGCCGCCGCCCCCGCCUCCGAGGCGCGGCGAGGGCGUCUCGCGAGGAGCCUCGACCGUGGACGAGGAGUACGCCAACGCCUGGGCCUCCUCUGCGCUGAAGGCGGCGAUGGCUCCGUACGGGCAUCUUCCAGGUGCGGGCCCCAGCCGUGCGUCUUUCGCACACCAGCACAGCCAGCAGUGGAAGCAGCGGGUCCCGCUGGCCGCCUGA